ACCGAGUUGUUUAGUCUGCGGACACGAUGCUCGUUUAACGGUAGCAAAAAUGUGAUUCACAUUUUUCAUUAGCAUCUGGCCGUUUUUACGUGCCCAUCAACAGGCAGCCUUUUUUGGACAUGCAGUUAACGUUUCGGAGCGACGGUCACAACCGAGUGUUAGCAUGUUAGCUAGCCCCCGCUAGCACAGGAAGGACCGCUUAUAACGAUGCUAACGACUUUAUUUGACACAACCGUAAUGUUAACGUACAUUAGCACCCUAACUAAACAGCUGUGAUCUUUGGCGUGAAACUCCCUUCAUCCCAUAACUUACCCCAGCUUGAGAUCCAAAACCACACUCAGGAUGCCGAACACCAGUGCGAGGCCGAAGCAUGGCAGGAGGACACGGAGGCGCCGCAGAGAGGACCCCGCGAAGAACGAGCUGGUCUCUAGUUCCCUCGAAAGUGCCCAGCAGUGCCUUUUUAACCAAGACUACGGCACCGCGUUCGUGCACUACCUUCUGGUCCUCAACCUUGCGCCUAUGUUUAAGGACUUUGCACGGGAGUCCUUUAGAUUCACUCUGUUCAAAUGGACCGAAGAGCUGGACUCUGUGGGCCGCAUUCAAGACCUCUUUGACUGUUAUGAGCAAGCGCUGGAACUGUUUCCUGCCGAUGAGGUCAUCCUAAACAGCAUGGGUGAACACUUAUUCAGAAUGGGCUUCAGAGACGAAGCUGCGGGUCAUUUCCAUAAAGCAUUGAAGCUGAGACCAGACUAUCCAGAAGCCAGGGAGAACUUCUACCGCGUGGCCAACUGGCUGGUGGAGCGCUGGCAUUUCUUGAUGCUCAACGACCACGGGAGGAACCGAAAGUACCAGCAGGCCAUCCACAAGGCGGUUCGGAGCGGCUGUGACACUGUACUUGACAUAGGUACUGGCACCGGGAUCCUUGGCAUGUGCGCCAAGAAGGCUGGGGCUGCUGAGGUGUACGCCUGUGAACUGUCGAAGACGAUGUAUGAACUGGCUUGUGAGGUGUUGAGCGCUAAUGGGAUGGACGGGAGCAUCAAGAUCCUCCAUAAGAAGUCCCUGGAGAUGGAGUUGCCAAAGGACAUCCCGCACAGAGUUUCCCUGGUGGUGACAGAGACGGUAGACGCAGGGUUAUUUGGAGAGGGUAUCAUCGAGAGCCUUAUUCACGCUUGGCACCACCUCCUGCUACCUCCACAGAGAGGCGAGAAUGAAUUCCAGGAUCCGUCCGCGACGGGACGGGUCAUCCCCGCCGGAGCCACCGUGUUCGGCAUGGCUCUCGAGUGCAUUGAGAUCCGCCGGCAUCACAGGCUUUGCGUGUCGGAGGUGGGCGGUCUGUCCAUCGCUGACGCCGGGCAGCUCUGCAGCCCGGUGAGCUGCAGCCCUGAGCCCGACGACUCCAUGGAGCCCUACACCACGGAGAGGCUUAGCAGGGUGCCAGGGGGGUACCGAGCUCUCACUGAGCCAUUCACGGCCCUCAACAUCAAUUUCAACGACGUGCAGGAGCUGGAGGGCCUGAGCUCCAGGGCGGUUCAGCAGAUCCGCAUGCCCGUCACUCAGGGGGGGGAGCUGGACGCUCUGGCCGUGUGGUUCCAGCUCCACCUGGAUGAGGAGAGCAGUCUGUCCACCGGACCCCAGGAGGACACGUGCUGGGAGCAGGCCAUCUACCCCGUCUACAGCACCGAUGGUUUUGUCCUGAAACCUCAGGACGAGCUGAUCGUCGAAGUGUCCUGCAGAGACGCCUUCCUGCGGCUCUGCGGCGUGGCCGUGCUGAGGGACGGCCAGGAAAUCCGCCUGGAGAAGCGCCCGGACACGCAGGAGCCUGCGAACUCCGUUUCAACCGCCGAGGCUGAGCUGUGCAGCGCGCUGGCGGGUCUGCAGACCGACCAGAAUCCGGCCAGAGACUUCUGCAUGCUGGAGUGUUCCGAAAUGGCGCUGCUGAACAAUCGGGAUUACCACCAGAGUUUCUACGGCGCGCUGGCCAAACUCGUCCCCAAGCUGAGGGCUCAGGGCCAAGGCAAAGAGCGAGAGUCGGGCGACUCGCCGGACGGCAGCGACCUGCUCUACGUCCUCGACGUGUCCGAGGGCUUCUCCCUGCUCUCCCUCAUCGCCGCCGGCCUCGGCCACGUGAAGGCCUUCAGCUCCGUGGAGAAGGCAAAGCAGCAGGAGGUCCUGAGGAGACUGGCUCGCUCCAACGGCGUCCCGGAGCAGCACCUGGAGUUCUGGCUCAACCACGUGGAGGACGAGCACGGGAUGCUGAAACGGCCGUCCAGGGAGAAGCUGUGGAGCGCCAUCAUGCUGGACUGUGUGGAGACCUGUGGUCUCAUCAGACAGAAGUUGAUGGAGAAAGCUUCGCUGGCCAGGUGUUUGCUGGAGGACGGAGGAAGUAUUUUCCCAGCAAAGAUCGUGGUGCACGGCAUGCUGGUGGAGUCGGACACGUUGCUGCUGGAAAGUGCUGUGCAGGGUCAGGAGCCCACGCUGGGAUUCAAUAUCGCUCCCUUCAUCAAUCAGUUCACUGUACCGGUGCAUGUGUUUUUGGACUUUUCCACACUGGAGUGCAGACAUCUCAGUGAGUCUGUGGAACUCUUUGUUCUUGACCUCAUGGAUUCCACCGUUAACUACACAAACAGAGAAGUAAAGGUGCGGGCUACAUCCGCAGGUAGAAUAACCGCGAUUCCCUUCUGGUACCACAUCUACCUGGACCCGGAGAUCAGCGUCAGCACCCUGAGUCAGAACUCUCACUGGAAGCAGGCGGCUGUCGUGCUGCAGCAGCCUGUGGAGGUGCGGGCCGGGGACCAGGUCCGCCUGGCCGUGAAGCUGCACAAGAGCGCCAUCUCCAUAUCGGCGCAUAUAGAGAAUACACCCGGGCCAAUGGAACAAUUAGCUCUCGCCAUUAGUUAAAUUCUGAUGUAUUUCAAUGCCUCGGUGAUAUAGAGACUACGUACACGUGCAUUGAAUGCUCCACAAUCCUUUUCUGGUACCAUUUUAAAGGUUGACUUUCUCCAGUGUUAUUUUUCAUAACUGGUAUUCCCGGUGUUCAAAGUUCAAGCUCCGGUUUGAGAUUUAGUAGAAGCCUGCAUGAGCCGCACAAUCCCUCUUGAGAGUCAUCUUGCUCCUAAAUAAUUU